AUGGACCUGGUGGGCUUCGGCAUAGCGGUGGGCUGCGCCGCUCUCUCCCUCACGAUUGCCGGGAUCCUGGUGACCAAACGAGUCAAGAAUCGCCGGAAAUGGUCGAGGAUCCUCGAGAUUCUCGCGGAGUUCGAGGGGGGAUGCUCGACGUCGACGGCGAGGCUGAGGCAGGUGGUGGGCGCGAUGACCGUCGAGAUGCACACAGGCCUCGCCUCCGACGGCGGAAGCAAGCUCGGCAUGCUUUGCUUUGUACCGGGCUUUACAGAUAUUUCACAGUUGUAUUGUGUGAGGACUUCAAGUCAGUAUUUUUUGCUGAGAAUUAGUCCUGAAAUGGAGACCCACUUGAGAUUUUUGCUUACUCGUGUGAAAUGGGGGAAUUAGAAGAGAUAUCAAGCUUGGUUUGCUAAGAAACACUUGAGUUUGCCCAGUAGUGAAACUGUUAUUAUUGACAUUGUUCGGUUUAUAUGUUGUGCUCAUCAUCCUUCGAAUGAGAUUAUUCAUUCAGAUGUUAUAUCAAGAUGGGCAGUCAUUGGUUGGCUUCUGACUUGUUGGAAGAACUAUUUUCUGGCAAAUGUGAAGCUUGCUUUGUUCAAUGAUUGGUUGUUCUUUGAUGAGAAGGUGGAUAAUAUUAUGAAUAUAGAGCCUGCAAUGCUCUUGAUGGUGAAUUCUUUGCCACAAUAUGUUGAUAUCACUCACACCCUUUUGGAGUUUUUGUUUCUGUUGGUGGAUAAUUAUGAUGUUCAUCGAAAGGAAAUGAUUGUUUGGGGAGCAGCGACAUCAUUUGGAAUACUUGUGAGGAAAGGAGUGAUUCGAUCUUUGGAGCCUCUUAUUUCUUGUAGUUUGCUUUCACCAUUGCUCAGAGAGAGGCUCAGCACUUUUGUUUCUACUUCGAACCUUAAGAGUUGUUAUGAAGGGUUCAUCUGA